AUGUCCUUAAGUAAAGAAAUUGCUGUAAAAUAUCAAAUUAAAGAAACUUUGCUAAAUAAAAUUGAAAAAAUUGAAGAUUCUACAUUACAGGAAUUGAGCUCUUUGAAAGAAGACAUAGAAAAAGAGUUAAAUGAUCUUAUAGAUGAACUUGCUAAAAAUAAUGCAGAAUGGGACACUGAAUUGUUAACUCCGGAAGGUUUCCCAAGAGAUGAUUUAGACGUAUUAGCAAUUAUAACAAUUAAAAAGAAUAUAAAUAUGUUGAGAAAUGAUUUGAAGAAAGUGAUGAAUUGUUUACAUAAGGCAAUAUCAAAUAAUUCUGAAUUAAUGAAAAAAAAUUUAACUUCAUCGGAAUCGAUUCAAAAUAAGGUUAUACAUCCAAUGAAUAGUAACAUUCCAUUUGCAAUCUUUACUGAAGUUAUUAAAAACAGUCCCUGUGAUAAAGCUGGAAUUAAUUCAAACGAUAAAUUAAUCCAAAUUGAUAAUUUUAACGCAGCAAAUUAUAAGAAUUUGAACGUCAUAAAGAACUACAUCGUCAUGCAUGAAAAUAUCGAAAUGAAAUUAAGAAUCUUAAAGUCAACUAAUGUUAUGAAAGAAAUAAUUUUGAUACCAUCAAAGAACUGGGAUGGUUUGGGAGUCUUAGGGUGCAAGUUGACAAUAUUAUAA